AUGGAGCGCCCGGCGCACCAGCUCCCGGCACCCGGAGCCGCCGCGGAGCGGCCGUGCUCCUCCUCCCCGGACGGCAGCGAGCUGGGGAUCGGGGGAGCCCCGGGGAAGCGAGCGGAGCAGAGCGCGGCCGCCGCCGCGGAGAGCGCCCUGCCCGCGCCCUCCCACGGCACCGAGGCAGCGCCGCCGGGCACCACCGCGCUCCCGGACACGGCCCCGCGCGGCCGGGAGCCGCCGGCACAGCCGGACGUGCCGGAGGAGGCCGAGGGCCGGAAGGCCGCGGCGCGGAGGGGCAGCAGGAUCCCGGCCAGCAAGCUGACGCCCAAGAGGCAGCGGGAAGCGGCCAGGAGAGCGGCGGAGGACGCGGCCGCCGGGGACAGCGCCGAGCACGAGCCCUUGGUCAGGAGCUCCCCAAAGGCUCCGCGCCGCGGCGCCACGGAGGCCGGCGAGGCCGCGGAGGCCGGCGAGGCCACGGAGGCCGGCAAGCCCCUGGGCGACUGCUGCCCCGCCGCCGAGAACAGCCUCAACGAGAUCCUGGAGUCGCGGGCGCUGGAGGAGCCGCCGCGGGGCUCCCCGAAGACGCCCCAGUCGCGCCUGAUAACGAGCGGCUGCAAGGUGAAGCGCUACGAGGCGCAGAGCCUGGUCCUGGACGUCGGCACUCAGGAUGGGGCGCUGCUGCCGGGGCUCCCCGGGCUCGCCGGACGUGCCACGGAUGAGGAGAAGCUGGCGAGCAGCGGCUCGGCGCCGCGGGCGCCCGCCGAGCGGAAGGGGGAGCCCGAGGAGGAGCUGGAGUAUUUCGAGUGCUCCGCCGUGCCGGUGCCCGGCGCCGAGCCGGGCUUGGAGCAGAAGCCCUGCAAGCAGGUGGAGGAGGACAGUCCCGUCCUCGUGCCCGGCGCCGCGGAGAAGGCGCCGGCGAGCGGCAGCCGCGGCCAGGAGCCCCCGGCUGGCGGCUGCCUGGGCGAAGGCGACAAGGCCGCGGUGCUCACGCUCAUCCGCGAGGAGAUCCUCACCAAGGAGCUGGAAGCGGGCGAGUGGAAGCGGAAAUACGAGGAGAGCCGGCAGGAGGUGCUGGAGAUGAGGAGGAUCGUGGCCGAGUACGAGAGGACCAUCGCGCAGAUGAUCGAGGACGAGCAGAGGUCCACCAUGACGUCGCAGAAGAACCUGCAGCAGCUCAGCAUGGAGAAGGAGCAGGCGCUGGCCGACCUCAACUCCGUGGAGAGGUCCCUCUCGGACCUCUUCAGGAGAUACGAGAACCUCAAGGGCGUCCUGGAAGGCUUUAAGAAGAACGAAGAGGCCUUGAAGAAGUGCGCCCAGGACUACCUCGCGCGGGUGAGGCAGGAGGAGCAGCGCUACCAGGCCCUCAAGGUCCACGCGGAGGAGAAGCUGGACAAGGCCAACGAGGAGAUCGCGCAAGUGCGCGCCAAGGCCAAGGCCGAGAGCGCCGCGCUGCACGCCGGCCUCCGCAAGGAGCAGAUGAAGGUGGAGUCGCUGGAGAGAGCCCUGCAGCAGAAGAACCAGGAGAUCGAGGAGCUCACCAAGAUCUGCGACGAGCUCAUAGCCAAGCUGGGGAGGACGGAGUGAGGCCGGGCCUCUCCGUGCGGCGCCGCCGCCCUCGCCCCUUGCCUUAGCGCCCGCCU